UCUCUCCCCUCGCGCCCCACCAUGAAUGCCUGUUUUGAUGGAUAUUUCAUUUAAGCUGAUCUACUUUGAUUCAACAAACAAAAGGAGCUUUCUCUGUGAUCUGCAUUUUUUUCCCUCCUCUUCUUUCCGUCCGCUUUUGUUUUCUUUAAACUUCUCACUCUCUCCCUCUUCCUCUCUUUCUUUUUGUGGGUUGAGCGGAGCGUUGUGUUCCACGCUGGGCUGUUGGUGGCCUGUUGGGACACGUUUGGUAUACCUGAGUCACAGAGCAAAUGUUUAACUCAUGCAGGUCCACAAAGAGAACACACACACACACACACACACAUGCAUACAUGCAUGCACAGCUGUCUAUAUCAGCCUAGCAUCGGGCCUCGAGACAUAAAAAUCUGUACAUUUAAAGCAGGCACGCACAUACAAGCUCGACAGAAAACAAAGGAAAAUCAUAUGCCCGCACAAAUGGCCUUUCAAAUAUACCACACACGAAUCCCCCUCAGUAACCCGGGCGCCUUCCCAAAUUGGAAAUGCAUUUCAUGUUUAUUAAGUUGAAAUGAGACGUUAAUUCCGCAAAAAAAAGCAGAAGAGUCAUGCUAGAGCAGCAUCUGAAGAUGUCCCGCUGUUAAAGGACAGCUGUCCAAACAAGGAAAGGGGGGAAAGGGACUAGAAAAACACAUUAUAUAAACAUUUGACAACAGUUGCUCUGUAAUCUGGUAUUACUUCCACAAGCGGAGGAGAGACCCGUGGUCCUGGGUUGGGCCGGGCUGAAGGGGGACACCACUGCGGUGGGGUUGAAGCCUGGUGCGCUGAAGAGGUCAUGGGCAGAUGAGAUGGAAUGAGGAUUCAUGGAAAUCCCACUGAGGAGAGCUAAUCACGUUUGAUGUGCAUGUGAACCCGAGCAGGUCCGUUGUGACACUGUCCUCACGUGUGAACCGGGCACAAUGACCCACUAAUUGGCUGCCAUAAAGUCUCAUAAAGCUGUUUUUAUUCUAUAUUCCAAAAUACACUGCACCCACAUUUGCCUAUUUUUAAAGAAAGAUUACACUUCUCAUGUAUCUCGUUCCUUGUGUGUGUUUUUGUGUGUGUGUUUGUGUAAGAUGGUUAGACACUUGGGGGGGUUUCCAGCGUAAAACCUCCCUGGAACACAAGGAGGCUUAUGUCCUUGGCCUACUAGUGGGUGGCAUCCCAGCAUUCUCAUGUACAUUGCAAUUAUGUGUCAGACUGUGAAGAAAAGAAAUGUGCACGUCUUGCUCUAAAACAUUUAUCUGUGACCAAAACGAAAUAGUAGCUUACAACAUUAGGUACUAGUGGUCUAGAAGUCCGCACAUGUCUUGACACUGAGCCAGAGUGCUCAAGUGGAUAAUACAAAUUUCUAUCUGACUAUUGUGAGGUAAAGUUUUUGAUACAUUCAUCCAUGUUCAAAACCAUAUGAUUUGCUAUCGGCAUCUAUGAGAGUAAAGGUUACUAGUUUAAAACAAUUAUAGAUAUUAGAAUGUAUUAAAAAGAGAAAUGUUAUCAGUGGGGAGGCAGAAAAUGCUUUCAUAUCAAACCUUCAGAGAGGAAGAAUGAGAAAAGUGAUGAGGAAUAUGAUGAGUGGUGGUGAGUUGUACCAGGAUAAAGUAGUUAAGAGUGAGUCAGCUGCUUCUUUGGUUCUUAUCACAGACAUGCAAACACACACAGACUUCCCGUGCCCUGACUGUCAUCUCUUUAAUAUUGUUUUGGAGCUGUUCAGGUGUGGCUACCUUUGGCAGCAAAACCCAGUGCUUAGGGCAAUAACAGGCUAGUAGGCAGGGUGCCAGUUCAACUCUGCAAACUUUUAACUUCUUCAGCUACUCCUUCUCUUUCUCUUCCUCUUCCCAAAGAGAGAUUGACCUUUAUACAAGCCUUGGAACAUUCCAGCUGUAAAAGACUUCAAACAGAGCUCAAAAGGACUCUGGGAGAAAAGAAAAAGUGUCUAUUAAAACAUACUUGCUCCUGUGAUUCUGUGGGCAUGUAAGUGACUUAGAAAGACCGAGAGACUCACACAAAGACACUUUUUUUUUUUUCUCUGAGUUGGCCUCAGUGUUUUAAGGAUGUGAUCUUCCCACAUCAGAGUUCAGAGAGUAGAGGUCACGUCUGGAAUCACUUUCUGUUCUUCAUCUCUUGCUCACGUCUAACCCUCAUAAGUCAGACGUUCUCCACAGAAAUGCUGUGGUGAAGGUAUGAGGUUGAAGCAGCCAGACAGUCUAUCGUGCUAACACAUAGAUAGCUGAGUGCAUUUUCGGUCAGCUCUGGUAAAUCUGAGGACAUUUUGUCACGGAGCGGGGCUGUUGGAAAAAGUUAAGAUGAGCACAGCUGAACAUAGCAAUCUGGCUGCUCAGCACUGAUUCAUUAGUGACUCAUGUGCUUGAUGCCAGUAUUCCUGGCUGUUUUUAAAAAUAAACCUCCCCAUUUCUUAACCUCAUCUCGCUGAACUUUACAUAAUAGAUGAAUUUAUUAAUUCACUCACCACAGCUUGUCUUGCUCAAUCAUUACUCCGUCCCAGAGUUGAGGAGCCCAAGAGGACUAGGAAAGCGCCUGCUUUCCCUCAGGUUCCUGUCAACCAUUCAGAAAGAUACAGAGAUAGCAGAAAAGAGCGAGGCGGGCUGAGUUGCUUCAGAGGCCUUGCAUAAGCUACAAACUUCCUUUCACCCUGCUUCCAUUAGAAGAUCAGUGUAAUAAAUGAGUUUUGGUCAGAGCUUUGGCUUAGUGUUAAGAUGGCGCUCAUCCAGGAAAUCUGUUUGAAUCCUGCAUUUCUGAUUCAGUUGUGCAUCUUUCCCUAUUGUUUCCGUCCACUGCCUUUUGAUAGAAAGUGAUGAGAACAGUAGCUAUUAAGAAUUGAUGUGAAAAACAGCGGAAAUUUGAGCUAUGGCUGGUAAAGAGGUGGAUGGUCUAAUUGUGCGCUCAAACAAAAACCUGCACAAGCAACUUUCCCAACCUAUAACAGAGACAGAGAAGAUUGUGUAUUGUAAACCUAAAUAAGAAUUUCUAAAAACUAUUCCUUUGUGAGAACGCUAUCAAGGUCGUUCUGUCCAUGAAGUGGGCCUCUUUUAUUAACCCUGGUCUGUUUAAGGCUGUAUAAAACUCAACAUGGGUGUGUAUUUUAUUAUUAGCGUGGUCAUGUGGAUGUUUUUGUUUGCACGGUAGUACAACAGUAAUUAAAAGCUAUAGGGACCGUUUGCGAGUCUUUUUAUUUGCUGGCUGCGAGGGUUAAGCUGUCAUUAUGAAAAUGGCCGUCCUUCCCCUGCUGAUACCUUUCUUCAGCUUUUGUGUGGAGAUCCGUGCUUUAAUUACAGGUCUGUGAGUGAUGUCACUGCUGUGGCGUCUCCUGCCCUUCACCCGGUGCCUCCCCAUUCCCCCAUACACGUGUGCUUAAACACACACCUGCCCCAGCUGCCCUUCAUAUCCACCUCCAUCCCAACCCUGAGUCCUCCUUAGCCACAACUCCCACCUAACCCCAACCCCCACCCAUGAUUGUUUAGAGAUGGCUUGAUUAUUUUUUCUGUGAAUGCGGUUAUUUAACUUUCCUCCUCAAGCGGAAGAUAAGGAACCCUACAACUGUUGUAACAAGAAUGAACUUGUGCCAGAACGGAAAAAGAAGUUGGUAUGUGCGCACUUGUGAGUGAGUGUCUCUUUCACAAUUUUUUUUUUGUUAUAUUUUACACGGAUCUACACCUAACACAUGAGUUUUAUAUGUAUGGGAGUAUGCAGGGGACGUGUAUUUUGAUUGAUUUGAAUUGCUCAAGAGGUUAUAGCCAGGAAGAGAACAAGAAGUGGAGACACACCACUGAGUGAGAGAACAUUUCAGUGGUGGAACAGCUGACAUGUGAAACGGCUGGAGUCGCAGGAUAAAGGCAUGUUCAAAGCAAAUCAGUGUGGACAUCAUGCAUCAGCACUACAUCUGACCUAGGGAAUGUGUUACCUAAAAGGCCACAAAAACUGCCUGGAGACCAUGAAGCUCUUAUCAUAGAUGUUAGAGGACCCCGCUAAAAAAAAAGGAGAAGGAUCCAUCAUGAAUUCUAAGAGCCCUGCAGAAAAACAGGAUUGAAGGCUUUCUCUUUGCUUUUUGUAUGUGCAGAGAGAGCUAGGGGAAAGAAUGGCCUGGAUGCGAUGAACGCCUCAUGUAGGCAUCAGCAUGGAAAGCUGUGAGUCUCCCGUGGUUUCUGGGACAGACGAUGGGCUUGGCUCCUCUGCCACCUCCCAGCAGCAUCACCAUCCACAACCCUGGAACGAUCACCAUAACGCACAGGUCCCACCUUGCAACCAGCCCCCUUCUUUGGAGCCCCUGUCUCUCUCUGCACCCCACUCAGCCCAUCCCCAAAAUCCCAGCACACCCUGCGAGGCUGUAAGAGAACAGAAGCAGCAAACUCUGUCACAGGUUCACGGUGAUAAUUCUACUACCAGACGGCUGCACCCCAAAAGAGAGGCGUUAGAGGAGGAGGAGCAGGAGGGAGUUAGCUGUGAAGAGGACGAGGACUUGGAAGAAUUGGAUGAAAUGGAGAUUGACAGUUGUUUUCCUAGUCUGCAGCCCUUCCCUGGUGUACCUAUGGUGCCAAGUGGAGGGGGCAUGCCCAUGCUCAUGCGGCAACAGCCCUCCCAUCGGAGGGGAGCCGAGAGUGGGAGCGAAGAAGGAGAGGAAGAGGAGGAAGAGGAGAGUAGUGAUGUGGAAAACCUGGCUGGAGAGAUAGUCUACCAGCCUGAUGGUUCUGCCUACAUUGUGGAGAGUCUCAGCCAGCUGAUCCAAAGCGAUGGGAGCAUGGAACCAGGCCUGCUCCACUCAAACUCUCUCCCCAGUGGGGGAAAACCAGGGGAACCUGCGGGGACCUCUUCUUCGGUGUACCCUCAGAUCAUCAACACGUUUCAUAUAGCCUCGUCUUUUGGAAAAUGGUUCGGCUCCUCAGACCAAGGUUUCCCCAAUACCUCAACCCUGGCAGGCCUCAGUCCUGUCCUGCACAGUUUCCGUGUCUUUGAUGUGCGGCACAAAAGCAACAAGGAUUACCUGAAUAGCGACGGGUCUGCCAAGAAGUCCUGCGUAUCCAAAGAUGUUCCCAACAACGUGGAUUUCUCCAAAUUUGACGGCCUGGCCCUUUAUGGCAAAGGCAAGCCCAUCCUCAUGUGUUUCCUCUGCAAAUUGUCUUUCGGCUACGCACGCUCCUUUGUCACUCAUGCAGUCCAUGACCAUCGCAUGACCCUGUCUGAGGACGAGCGCAGGCUCUUAGGCCACAAGCAUGCAUCUGCAAUUAUACAGGGCAUUGGGAAAGACAAAGAGCCACUAAUUAGCUUCCUAGAACCAAAAAAUAAAAAUUCUCCUCCCCCGCCUACCCUGGUACCUAUGAACUCAGGCCAGAGCUUCUAUGGCACGUUCAGUGGGGUUCAUUUAGAAGGGGGCAGCAGUAGUGAGGGAGGCGAGAGCCUCCUCAACAAAGACUCUGACUCGGGUCUCCAGCAACAAGCCCUACUCACAUUGGGGGGUCUUGGCAGCACCAAGCCCUCCCUUACCUCUACCCCAGGCCCAGCCAAAGACUCCAACACUCUGUCCAAGCAGGGUAGGAGAACAGAGGGGUCUUUGGGGAAAGAGGUGACUCAUAGAGGGGAGGAUGGGGAUGCAGAAACUUGUGAAAGAAAGGCUCUCCUUCAUGGUGAGGAGAUGGCCUCAGAGGAAGAGGAUGAGCUUCUUUUAGAAGAAGAGGAUGAAGAGGCAGAGGAUGAAGGCACUGCGGUGGCCUGUAGUGGAAGUAGCAGCAGCAGUGGCAGAUUUGUAGGGGAACCAGCUGUCUCAAACCAAAGCAUCUCCAAAUCUCCUUUAUUAAUGCCUAGUAGCACUCUCCAGCCUUCUGCUUGUCUCUCUGCAGCCAGCCCCGCACUCAGCAGCAAAGCCUCUGCUUCCAUGUCAUCCUCUUCUAUCAGAGGUUCAGAGGAUGGGAUGGCUGCAGACGGUGGAGGGAGAACAUUAGAUCUCUCUCUGAGCUUUAACUGCCAGGGAUCUACACUCCCCACGGCAAUGGCGGCAGUCGCCGGCAGAGGGGGCGAAGAGGAUGGGGCCGCAUGUUCGUCUGCGAGCACGUCCUCCCCUCUUGCGUCCAAUGCUGCUGCUGAGGAAAGUGCCAAUCGAGAUAGUGCCACAGCUCCUGAACCAAAUGAAUGCCCAGCAGAAGGAGAUGAGGACAACGGUGCCCUCCUCCACCACCACCACCACCUUCACCACCAUCACCACCACACGCAUCCUUCACCCAAUGCUCACACACACCUUCAUCACACAGCUGCUUGUGACAUGUCAGGAAUGAGUGAGUGCACCCAAAACCAUGGGGCUGGGGGCAGUGGAGGGAGUGGAGUGGAGUGCCCGAAGUGCGACACUGUUCUAGGCUCCUCUCGGUCACUGGGUGGCCAUAUGACCAUGAUGCACUCGCGGAAUUCGUGCAAGACACUGAAGUGUCCCAAGUGUAACUGGCACUACAAAUACCAGCAGACCUUGGAGGCCCACAUGAAGGAGAAGCACCCUGACUCUGGAAGCUCCUGUGUUUACUGCAGCAGUGGACAGAGUCACCCUCGCCUUGCCCGUGGUGAGAGCUACAAUUGUGGCUACAAGCCCUUCCGUUGUGAGGUCUGCAACUAUUCCACUACUACCAAAGGCAACCUAAGCAUUCAUAUGCAGUCUGACAAGCAUCUUAACAACAUGCAGACGUUACAAAAUGGAGGAACUAUUCCAACUGCUGGUGAACAGGUGUUUGGGCAUGCACCUGGAGGGGUGGUGCCUGUUUCUUCUGCAACCCAGGCCAGCAGCCAUCAUCCAAGUCACCACCAUCAUCCUGCUCAGUCCUCCACCCACAUGGCAGGGCCCUGUGGUGCGCCUUCACCCACCAAGCCAAAAAGCAAGCCCACCUGGCGGUGUGAGGUGUGCGACUAUGAGACCAAUGUAGCACGUAACCUGCGCAUCCACAUGACUAGCGAGAAACACAUGCACAACAUGAUGCUGCUUCAGCAGAACAUGACCCAAAUGCAGCACGGCCGGCUUGGUCUAGGCGCCAUGCCUUCACCCUCAGAGGCUGAGCUGUACCAAUACUACUUGACCCAAAACAUGAGCCUGCCACCAGGCCUCAAGAUGGACCCAUCUGGAGCUGAUGCCCAGUUUCUGCUUGGAGGUUUUCAUCUGGACCCCAACAUGGCAGCUCUGGCCCCAGCACUAGUUGGAGGGGACAUUGCAAUGGAUGUACGCCUUGGUGGGGGACAGCUGGUCUCAGAGGAGCUGAUGACCUUGGGUGAAAGCCUAUCCCAGACCAGCGAUCCUUCCCUAAAACUUUUCCAGUGCGCCGUGUGCAACCGCUUCACUACCGACAAUCUGGAUGUGCUGGGCCUGCACAUGAGUGCAGAGCGCACGCUCCCAGAAGAAGAGUGGAGAGCGGUGGUGGGCGACUCGCACCAGUGUAAGCUGUGCCACUACACCACACAGCUCAAGGCCAACUUUCAGCUGCACUGCAAGACUGACAAACACGUGCAGAAGUAUCAGCUGGUGGCACACAUCAAGGAGGGCGGCAAGGGCAAUGAGUGGCGCCUCAAGUGCGUGGCCAUUGGCAACCCUGUGCACCUCAAAUGCAAUGCCUGUGACUACUAUACCAACAGCCUGGAAAAACUGAGGAUGCACACCGUCAACUCUCGCCAUGAGGCCAGUCUCAAGCUGUACAAGCAUUUGCAGCAGCACGAGAAUGCUGUAGAAGGCGAGUCGUGCUACUACCACUGUGUCCUGUGUAACUACUCCACCAAGGCCAAGUUAAACCUCAUCCAACACGUCCGUUCCAUGAAGCACCAGCGCAGCGAAAGCCUGCGGAAGCUGCAACGCCUGCAGAAGGGCUUGCCAGAGGAAGAGGAGGAUUUGAGCGCUAUCUUCACCAUUCGCAAAUGUCCUUCUGCCGACACAGGAGAGCUGAGUGAGGAUGUGGAGGCUGCCAGUGAGACCACCACAGAUCAGGAGGACCAAACCAAAGACAGAGAGAGUGGGGGGGAGAGGGAGCUCACCAAAGGGACAGCAUCCAACCAAUCGGAGAGGGAUCAGACUGAUUCCCCGGUCCCCUCCAAGCGGCCUUCUUCAAGGUCCGAGGCAGCAGAAAGCCCCCUCUCGUCGAAACGACCCAGGACCGCUGAGAAGAGCACUGGAGAGCAGAUGUACCAGUGCCCCUACUGCAAGUUCAGCAACACAGAUCUGAACCGGCUCAGAAUGCACGUGAUGACGCAGCACUCAGUGCAGCCCAUGUUCCGCUGCCCGCUGUGCCAGGACAUGCUCAACAACAAGGUCCACCUGCAGUUCCAUCUCACUCACCUCCACAGUGUGGCACCAGACUGCGUCGACAAGCUAAUUGCCACAGUGGCAGCAUCAGAAGUACUGCCAGCAAGCAUGUUCAUACCAGUCCCUGGACCAGAGAAAGAUACUCAAACCACAACUCAGCCCAUCGUCAACUCAAACUCUGAUGAGAUUAAGAAACAAACAGAGGUGGCAGAUGUUGAGCCUGAAAAAGGAGUUUGUCUGGCCUCAGACAUUGCUGAAGCUCGCAAGUCUCCUCUUGAGGAACAACAGCCUGCAAGAGAUGAUUCCACCAGUUUUCUUUGCUGGAAAAAGGGCUGUAACAAAGUCUUUAAAUCCUCCAAUGCCCUUCAGAUGCACUUCAAUGAGGUCCACAAUAAAAGGCCCCAACUGCCUGUCUCUGAUCGUCAUGUCUACAAAUAUCGCUGCAACCAGUGUAGUUUGGCAUUCAAGACAAUAGAGAAACUUCAGCUGCAUUCCCAAUACCAUGUAAUCAGAGCAGCUACAAUGUGUUGUUUAUGCCAGCGCAGCUUCAGGACCCUACAGGCACUUAAGAAGCAUCUGGAGACCAGUCAUUUGGAGUUGAGUGAAGCUGACAUCCAGCAGCUCUAUGGAGGUUUACUGAUGAAUGGAGACCUAAUGAUUAUGGGUGAUCCCUCACUUGGGGAGGACCAGGGAGCUCUUCUUGAUGAUGAGAAAGAGGGAGAUGAAAGUGACCCAGAGGAAAAGCAAAGCCCAACUGGCAGUGACUCUGGAUCUUUGCAAGAAGAUUCUGGAUCUGAACCCAAACGAGCCCUGCCAUUUAGGAAAGGCCCCAACUUUACUAUGGAGAAGUUUCUAGAUCCGUCUCGUCCUUUCAAGUGUACAGUCUGCAAAGAGUCAUUUACCCAAAAGAAUAUUCUUCUUGUACACUACAACUCUGUGUCUCACUUACACAAAGUCAAAAGGGCUCUUCAGGAAUCUACCACCGGUCAGCCAGAGCCUACCAGCAGCCCUGAUAAUAAACCCUUCAAGUGCAGUACUUGCAAUGUAGCAUACAGCCAGAGCUCUACACUGGAGAUUCAUAUGCGCUCUGUUCUUCAUCAAACCAAGGCCAGGGCAGCAAAGCUUGAAGCAGCUGGUGGCACUUCUAGUGCUGUUAGCAGUAGUGGCCCAAGUGGAAGCACUUCCAAUAGCACUUCAACCCCAAGCCCUAUCCCAGCCACUAACUCAACUACCAGCUCCAACAACAGCAGCAGCUCUCCAGCUGGAGCUCAGACAGCACAGAGCAUCAUGGGAGGUAAUCAUCUGUCAAGUCAUUCUCACAAUGUAGAUAAUUUGGGAAACUCAGCCUGUCAUCCCUCUCCCUCUGAGAAUCACGAAGUGAAAAAGAAGAAAUUUGCAGAUAUGCUAGCCUCGAGGGGUCAUCAGCAGCAGCUCCAGCAACAGCAGCAGCAGUUUGCCCAGGCUCAGGCACAGGCACAAGCUCAGUUCCAACAAGAGCUCCAGCAGGCUGCUCUCCUUCAGUCCCAGCUUUUUAACCCUCUUCUCCAGCACUUCCCUAUGACAGCAGAUGCUCUUCUCCCUCUUCAGCAACAGCAGCUGCUCUUUCCGUUUUACAUUCCUGGGGCAGAAUUUCAACUGAAUCCAGAGAUGAACCCGAGCAGUUCUUCAUUGAACCUGAGUGGAUCUGCUGCUUCACUGUUGGAAGAACAGAAAAACUCUGCCCAGCAAGCCCAGCAGAGCUGCUUACAACAACAGCUUAUGCACCACCACCUUCAGCAACAGCACCAAUCUCAUUCCCACUCCCAAGGAUCGAGCCAAAUGGCUUUACUUCAGCACAGUGGCCUUUCUCACCCUGUAGAUAAAAAGCCAAAGCCAUCUCCUCACACUGAGAAAGAAAGAGAGCUGCCAAAGGAUAAAGAAAUAAGUGAUAAAGCUGAGGAUCAUGUUCCAAAAGAUGUGUCAGACAAGACCAAAGAUAAGAAAGAUCCUCCUCAAGCUGUUGUAAAUGUGAACCAUGACUCUGGAUUUCCUCCUCCAAGGAUUGCCUCAGAUGCCAGAGGGAAUGCCACCAAAGCCCUACUGGAGAAUUUUGGCUUCGAGUUAGUAAUUCAGUACAAUGAGAACAAGCAAAAAGCACAAAGAAAGCCUACAGGAUCUCUGUCAGGAUGCAGUGGGCCAGCUGGUAUCACCAGAGUAGUUGACCCCAUUGAAGGAUUAGAGAAACUGGAGUGUGAGUCUUGUGGUAAGCUCUUUUCCAACAUAUUGAUUCUCAAGAGUCAUCAGGAGCAUAUCCACCAGGCUUUCUUUCCGUUCAGAUUCCUAGAGAGAUUUGCCAAAGAGUACAGGGAACAAUAUGACAAGCUGUACCCACUGAGACCUCAGACACCCGAAGCUACUGCACCUCCUCCACCACCUCCACCCCCACCCCCACCUCCACCUCCUCAGAGAGCACCAACACCAAAUAUACCCGUUUCUGCUCCUAACCUGACACCACCAACUGCUCCAACUCCUCAGCCUCCAGUUACACUGGCCCAAAUUACAAUGCCGAUGGAUCUGCCUCUCUUCUCUCCACUUAUGAUGCAGCCCAUGUCACUCCAGUCAUUACCUUCUCAGAUUCCUGCCCAACUUCCAGCUGUGGAGCCCAGUCUGGCCACUGAUCUGGCCCAGCUCUACCAACAGCAGCUUACCCCCGCCAUGUUGCAGCAACAGAAUAAGAGACCCCGCACCCGUAUCACAGAUGACCAGCUAAGGGUGCUCCGCCAGUAUUUCGACAUCAACAACUCUCCCAACGAGGAACAAAUUAAGGAAAUGGCAGAUAAAUCAGGACUCCCCCAGAAAGUCAUCAAGCACUGGUUCCGCAAUACACUAUUUAAAGAGCGACAACGCAACAAAGACUCACCUUAUAAUUUUAACAACCCUCCUAUUACAACUCUUGAAGAAACCAAAAUUGAUUCAAAGCCACCCUCCCCUGAGCCUCAAAAGCAGGAAUCAUUUGGAAAUAAGAGGUCCUCAAGGACAAGGUUCACAGACUACCAGCUGAGGGUGCUGCAAGAUUUCUUUGAUGCUAAUGCUUAUCCUAAAGAUGAUGAAUUUGAGCAGUUGUCCAAUCUUCUGAGCCUUCCAACUCGAGUCAUUGUUGUCUGGUUCCAAAAUGCUAGACAGAAAGCCCGUAAAAAUUAUGAGAACCAGGGAGAAGGAGGGAAAGAAGGUGACCGACGCGAGUUAUCCAAUGACCGAUACAUUCGUACUACCAACUUAAACUAUCAAUGCAAGAAGUGCAGCCUGGUUUUCCAGCGCAUAUUUGACCUAAUUAAACACCAAAAGAAGCUCUGUUACAAAGACGAGGAGGAAGACGGUCAGUAUGACAGUCUAAAUGAGGACUCUGUGGAUCUCUCUCAUGAAUACUAUACUCUCUCUGGGUCAUCAGGUCAAACACCAAUUCCCUCAUCCUCAAGCCUCUGCCCUCUUCCUCCUUCAUCCUCUGCAUUUUCUCAGAUCACAUCAUCUGAAAAGGAAGAGCCUACACCAGCUCACACAUUAAACUAUUUUGAUGAAAAAUCAAAACACUCUCCAGAAACAUCAUUGGGCCAAAGAGAGCAAACAUCUUUGAAACAGGAAACCAUUCAUCCAUCUGAGACUCCACAGCAGAGACCACAAAGAGAGGAGAAGACACAUACAGUCUCAAAGAAUUCAAAGCUUUCUUCACCUUCCCUCUCCCAACAGCAACAGCAUAGUGGUCCCUCCAUUUCACAUACAAGUCAGACCUCCCAGAGUUCCCACAUGGCCCUUAAUGCUCAUUUAACCUCUGCCUCACAGCAGCAGUUGGCCCAGCAAAUGAUCCCGUACCAGUGUGAACAGUGCAAACUUGCAUUCCCUUCAUUUGAACACUGGCAGGAACACCAGCAACUGCAUUUCCUGAGUGUCCAAAAUCAGUUCAUUCAUCCUCAGUUUUUGGAUCGCCCAAUGGACAUGUCUUUCAUGUUGUUUGAUCCUAGCAAUCCUCUGCUUGCUAGCCAGCUCCUUGCAGGAGCAAUACCCCAAAUGUCCAGCAAUUCUGCCACCUCCCCAUCAACACCCACAUCCACUAUGAACUCCCUGAAGAGGAAAUUGGAGGAAAAGGCAGGAACUAGUCCAGGAGAAAGUGACAGCAUGAAUAGUGGAGAGGAACCGCAACGAGACAAGCGCCUCCGAACCACUAUUACACCAGAGCAACUAGAGAUUCUGUACCAGAAAUAUUUGCUUGACUCCAAUCCUACUCGUAAAAUGCUUGACCACAUUGCCCAUGAAGUGGGGCUUAAAAAACGAGUGGUACAGGUAUGGUUCCAAAACACAAGAGCCAGAGAAAGAAAAGGUCAGUUUCGGGCUGUUGGGCCGGCUCAAGCUCACCGCCGCUGCCCAUUUUGUCGAGCACUAUUCAAAGCUAAAACUGCCCUCGAGGCCCAUAUUCGCUCACGCCACUGGCAUGAGGCUAAACGUGCUGGUUACAACCUAGCGCUUUCUGGUCUGCUAUCUGAACAGGAGGCCAUGCAGUUGAAAAUGGAUCCUUUGGAUAUCUCCAGCUAUGCUCAUCUUGCCCAGUCUAACAAUGAUGCGCAAAGUUCAUCGCUGUCACCUGUGAGCAAAAGCAUGGACUUGUCCCCCAGAGCUCUCCUGAGCCCAACAUCUAUUAAGGUUGAGGGAGCAGAGGAGUUUGAAAGCCCAACCAUUUCCUCAGUUAACACAAACUUUGAUCAAAAUAAACUUGAUAAUGAUGAUUGUUCUUCUGUGAAUACAGCCAUCACUGACACUACCACAGGUGAUGAGGCAAACGUUGACAAUGACAGUGCUGAUGCAAAGCACAGCCAUAAUAGUGGAGAUUUUCUCUCUAAAUCUGGGGGCGCAGUCUUCUCCAUUGAGAAUGAUGAACAGAUGUCCUCAGGACUGGUGAGCCCUGCAACAAGUUUCUACACAAAAGACUUUGAAAAUGAAAAUAUAAUAGACUACAGUGAAACAUCUAGUCUGGCCGACCCUUGUUCACCCAGUCCAGGGGCCUCUGGAAGCAGAAGCAUUGAUAGUGGAGACAGACCUGGUCAAAAGCGCUUCCGAACACAGAUGACUAAUCUUCAGCUUAAGGUGCUCAAGUCCUGCUUCAAUGAUUAUAGGACUCCAACCAUGCUGGAGUGUGAGGUACUUGGCAAUGACAUUGGACUUCCAAAGAGAGUUGUUCAGGUCUGGUUUCAAAAUGCUCGUGCUAAGGAAAAGAAGGCAAAGCUCAGCAUGGCUAAGCACUUUGGUAUUAACCAGACUUCUUACGAGGGACCUAAGACAGAAUGCUCUUUGUGUGGUGUUAAAUACAGUGCUCGCCUCUCAGUGCGAGACCACAUCUUUUCCCAGCAACACAUCUCCAAAGUAAAGGAUACCAUUGGAAGUCAACUCGAUAAAGAGAAAGAGUACUUUGAUCCAGCUACGGUUCGUCAGCUGAUGGCACAGCAGGAGAUGGAUCGUAUCAAGAAAGCAAAUGAGGUCCUGGGACUAGCACAACAACAAGCCAUGCAGCAACAAGGGAUGUUUGACACACCUGCCUUGCAAGCCUUGAACCUUCAGUCAGGAUAUCCAAAUUUACAGGGGAUCCCCCCUGUUCUCCUGCCAGGUGUUGGUGGUCCCUCCAUACCAGGCUUUAACUCAUCCAACUCAGCUUUAACCCCUCCAAAACCUCCGAACCUCCUGAACAUGCCUGGUGCCAGUGUACCCUCACCUAGUCUCCCCACAUCUGGUUUACCCAACAAGACCCCUUCCUCAUCUUCAUUGGCCUCGCCCAGCCCAGCUCAGGCCAGCACAUCUGUCACCCACUCAAGCCCUACCCCCACCUCUACAUCAAACUCUUUGAUGACUCAGCAAGGCCCUCGUCCUGAUGCUCCCAAAGAUCGUGAUCCUGAGAGGGCCAGGGAGAAAGAGAAACCCAAGGAGAAGGCUGAAAAGCCCCCCACACCAUCCUCAGCUGGGGGUACUCCCACUCCUUCCACUUCUGCUGCCAGUGCCAAGAAAGAAAAACCAGACACUGCUGUUCCGGCCACCUCGAUGCCAACACCUGGUAUGGAGUAUGUGGUCGAUACUGCCCAACUUCAAGCUCUUCAAGCAGCUUUAGCUUCAGAUCCAACAGCUCUUUUAACAAGUCAGUUCCUGCCCUACUUUAUGCCUGGCUUCUCUCCAUAUUAUGCCCCUCAGAUACCAGGUGCUCUUCAAGGUGGAUAUCUUCAGCCUAUGUAUGGCAUGGAAAGUCUUUUCCCCUACAACCCAGCUUUAUCACAGGCCCUGAUGGGGCUGUCACCAGGAUCUUUGCUUCAACAUUACCAGCAAUAUCAGCAGAGCCUGCAGGAGGCACUUCAGCAGCAGCAGCGGCAGCUUCAGCAGAUCCAGCAACCCAAAGCAAGCCAAACAUCACAAAACUCUGUGGACCGUAAGGACUCUGCCAAAGAUCCAGGAAAAACAGAGGAGCAAAAGAGCAAUGCCUCAGUCGAAACCUCUUCCACUCACAACAACCUAGCCACUGAGCAGCAUGAAGUGGAUGGCAAAGGUGCAGACCCCCAUCUUGACCAAUAUAUUGUCCCCAAAGUUCAGUAUCGUCUGGCGUGCCGCAAGUGUCAAGCUGUGUUCAGCAAGGAGGAAGCGGCUAUCAGCCACCUCAAGUCAAUUUGUUUUUUUGGUCAGUCUGUGGCAAACCUGCAAGAGAUGUUGCUUCGGGUCCCCAACAGUGGGAAUGCAGCAAAAGGUGGCCUCUAUGACUGCCUUGCCUGUGACACAACACUAGAAGGGGACAAAGCGCUCAGUAAACACCUGGAUUCAGCCUUGCACAAACACAGAACAAUCAAGAGAUCCAGAAAUGCCAAAGAGCACGCUACUAAUUUAUUACCUCACUCUUCAGCCUGCUUCCCCAGUCCUAACACCGCAUCUACCUCGCAGUCUGCCACUCACUCAAACAACACCCCAUCCCCUCCGCCAACAACAUCAGCCACCACGCCGUCCUCAUCAGUGUCUGCAUCUUCAUGCACCUCCUCCUCUUUCACAACCACUCCACUCAACACAACUGCUACAGGCAAAUCAUGGUCCCAGACCCCUUUCUCCAGAGCUUUAGCUGGGAAGCCCAAUCCCUCCUCGUCUGCAUUGUCUUCUUUUCCUCCAGUUUCUUCUCCUUCAACGGUUACCUCAAGUUCAUUGAGCACCUCAGGGGUCCAGACCUCGAUACCAACAGACGUCUUUACCGAUGAAUCUGAUUCUGACAACAGUCAGAAGUCAGCAGACAGGCUGGGCAGGCCAGCAGAGGAGCCACAACAGCCUGGCUGUCUCAAAGACAACAGUAGUUGUAGUAGUAAUCUCGCUAGUGUAGGAUCGGACUCCAUCAGAUUGUAAAAGCUUUCAGUGAUGAACAAUAUUUAAAAAAAAAAAAAAAAGAAAAAGGAAAAAAAAACACAAGACAAAAGAAAACAAAAGAAAAAAAAGCAGCAAUGUUUAAAAUGUUUAAAGUAUACAAACCAAUUUCAGAAAAAGAUGUGUAAAGACUAACUGCAAUUCCAAAGCUUGUAACCAAAAAUUUAAAUGUUAGUGGAUUGUUUUCCCAUAUCAACAUGCUGGUUUUAGUUUAUUACAACUCCCAAUAUAUGAAUAGAGCUCACAGCAGUUUACAGUCGGUUAUUGCUAGUGGAAUGCUGUAUUGCAGUGGACUGCUUCAAAGUUGUUUGAAUGGCCCCACAAUUCUCUUUACAAAGAACGAGACAACAAGCUGACCCUUGUUUGCAAAAGUAUUUCAGCUUAAUAGCACAGUCACAUAAAGCCAGUAUGUACUGUAUGGGAGAAUAGUCUUACAGUUUUCUUGCUAUCUAAGCAUUCAGAUACCAAUGGCUUGCUAAAGAAAAGAAAAAUAAUGUAAUGUCUAUUUUAUUCUCAGGUCAACAGCUCACAACCUUUUCUUGUGUUACACAAAGUCAUUGUUUUAUUAAUUUUGUUCCAAACAAAUGAUGGACAUUUGUGUUUUUGUAUGACAUUUAUUGGCAGAGAGUAUUCAGAAAUUAUACUAACUCAACUAAAGUUUCUGGGCAUUCAGUGAGUAGCUACAUUGCUGGUUUUAAACCAUCUUAAUUAUUAUCAUUUAUCAUUUUUAUUUGUUUGUUUGUUUUUAAUGGGAGAGUUAUCCCAUUUUACCCAGACAUUGCAGACAGCAUUGCAGACUUGGUGGGGGAAAAAGAUUUUUUUUUAGGAAAAAAACUUUCUGUAUUUAUGAUAGAUAUAUACAUUUUUGGUGUUCAGUAGAUUGUUGCAUUGGAAAUGAAUUUAAACAGUAUGGUAGAUUGAAAAAUCUUUGUGUACAUUUAGCUUUUGUAUCGUCCAACUUUAAGGCGCUUCAUUUGGUGUUGUCUUGGUCAUUCCAAUAGACUAGAUUAUUAAGGAGCAGGAAACGAUCUCUACUCUAUUUCUGUCCAAUACUCAGCUUCUUGUUUUUGUUCUCCCAACUGAAUCUCUUUGUCACAAGGGGUUUCUCCCCUUUGGUUGGUGCAGCAUUGACCAAAAGUGAAGAGAAAUAUGGGGUGUUUGAAAAUGUUUCAGUUAUAUUUGUGUUACCUUAGUGCACUUACCACUGUCUGACUUUCUCUCUUUCUUUCUUUCUUUCUUUCUUUCUUUCUUUCUUUCUUUCUUUCUUUCUUUCUUUCUAGCUGUCAAUCUGUUCCUCCUUUCUAUCCUCUUUCUGUACCCCCUGCCUUUGUAGAUGUGGAGAUAACUGCCUCUCCUUCAGCACUACAAAGCAGAUACUUGUUUCCAUGUAAUGUGGCUGCAGUCUGCUAUAGUUUUUAUGUUCAUUUCAACUUUUGUGUUGUCAUAUAUGAAAAUGAAAAAAGAAUAAUAAUAAUAAUAAUUCUCACGCUUUAAAACAAAAAGAAAAUCCAAAGACUUAACACUUUCACCAUUGGUGCAUAAAGAUGAGAAAAAGAGGCUUCUUUAUACUUGAGAAUUUGUUGCUGUUUUUAAGGAAAGAAAACAAAGUUUUAAAAUAAAAGAAGUACGCAUCAGAGUUGCCGUUUUUGCUUCUUUGCAAGCAGACAGGUGACUUUUUUACGUCAAAUACUAAGAAAACCAAAAAUCAAAAAGGGCCCUUGUCCUUGCAUUGUGGAGUAGCACCGUUACAGAGCCAUUGCAGUUUGUAAAAUUUUGUUGAAGUUUCUGUCACACAUGAAAUCCAUUUUUUUUCUUUUGUUUUCUUUCUGUAAAAUAAUAAAUAAAUAAAAAUAUGCUGCUAAUGUGGAUUUGGAAACGAAGAAUACCUAGAUGCAUGUUCCUUUUGCUUUUUGGCUAAGCUUUAAGAAAACAAAAAGAAACAAACAAUAAACCAUUUCCCUGCCCCUGCAGCAUUUUUUCCCCUUCUUGUUGUAAAACGGAACUUUGAAGACUGUGAAUAUAUGUUCCAAAGGAUAUUAUAGCUUCUUUUUUUUUUCAUUUUUGAACAGACCAAUGUUAAAAGCCAAUGACCUAUAAUGUUUGUUAAAAAAAUAAUAAUAAUAAUAAUAAUGCAUUCCAAAUACUACACCUGAGUUUUAAUUUUUUAGGCAAGGACUGCUUCUUUUUAUUCAAAUUGAGUACAAGUCUAUUAUGUCCCAUUUCUAAGGUGACUGUAAGCUGUUGUGUAACUCUGCCAUCAUGGAUUGCUGAAUAUCACCUCACCCCGAUUAUGAUGUGUCGAGAGUGAACAGAAUCCCUGCAGCCAUUAAAUGACUUUACUCACUUGAACUAGAUCACCAAGUCAUAGUGGUUACCAAAAAUGUACAUACUGCAACCUGUCUGGUACUUACGCAUUUCCCUGAUCCAGUGUCAUCGUGCUUCUUGAUUUAGAACUAGUCUCAGAAUGAAAGGCUGUUCGGCAAAGCCGACCUCUCCUACUGGAAAAGCAAGUAGGGAAUUUGUUGUCUGCAGGGUGUAAAGCCAUUUUCAUGCAGGAAAUGUCUGAUGCGGGUCUGUAAGGGGCAUUUUCAUUCCAAAGCAUUAUAAGACCGGGAAAAGCAGGAUUUGUUUUAGGUGUCCCUUGUUUUGCAUGACGACAAGGUAGAAGUGUCCAAAGAGAUCCCUCACUCCAUGUCAUUGCAAUGGAAAUGGUUGCAUUUUAGCGGAAUGGCCCCCAUUUAAUCAUAAAUAGAAUUGCUCUUUUCCAAAUCAUGUCAGUUUUGAAAUGUGUAAAUGAUGCUUUGGGGGGCGCAAACGUAUUUGGCUUUAGUAACAUAUUUGCACACUUGUCCAGGUGUGUAAACAAGCAUAAUGUUUUGCAGAACAAGAUUUGAUUUGGUGUUUUUUGGUAUGCAUGCCAUUGAAAUUGGGUUCCUUUGAUCUGCAAGCUGAUCCAAUCCUCACAAUCCAUGUUAUCUAUAAUAUUGUUCAUAAUUUGUUUUGAGAAGUCUGAUAUUGUAUAGUUUAUUUUUGAAUGUUUUGCAUAGUUUUGGUCUCAGAUAAUAUCUUUUUGCUUAUUUUCAUAUAACUGUACGUUUUAUUUUCCUUUGUUUUUGUCGGUAUCCAUUUAUAAAUUAAUGUUACAAUGCCAGCUUAAAACUGAAAUCACAUCUGUAUGUUUUCUAUCAUUUUCUGGCCACUUUAUGGUGUUACAAUGUUCCUAUAUUUGUUUGUCUUGACA